AUGUCCUCCAAAGCCGUUUCCUCCUCCGCCAAGCCGCACACUUUCGAGGUCCUCGACCAAAUCGUUGCUCUGAAAACUCUUAUUGUUAUUCACCGUGCUUUGAGGGAAGUGGACCAAACGUUUCAUGAAGAAGUUAUUAAUUAUAGCAGAAGUUGGAGUCAUAUGCUUAAUAUGUCUCAUUUUAAAGAUGAUUCCAGCCCAAAUGCUUGGGUCCGUUCUUAUGUAUUCUUAGAGGAGAGAUUAGAGUGUUUCCGUGUUUUGAAGUACGAUGUUGAGAUUGACCCCCCAAGAACCAACGAUUUGGACACUCCUGAUUUGCUUGAACAUCUUCCAGCUCUACAAUUAUUUUCUGCAUUACCAACAAGGAUUGGGAGCUUCCAGAGUACGCUUUCAACCAGUGACUUUAGCAGCAUUUGGUUUAUCUCCUUAACCAGUUCAUUUGCUAACAACAUAGAUAUAUUGAUGAAGCAGCUGGAGCAGUUUAAAGCACAGGAGAAACUUAUGAAGAAAAAAAAGGAAAAAAGAAAAGGCAACAUCGAAAGCCAUGAAGAUGCUCCAAACUGGACGUACUAG